AUGUCUACCUCGUCGAGCUCUGCCAGCUCUGCCAGCUCUACUUUCUCUCGGGCUAGCGCCCACGCGCUGAGCUUUUACUCGAGUUCGUCAUCGCGUUCCUCUCCCUUUAGCGGGAACUACAUGGUGGAUAGAGAUGGGUUCCUCUACUCCGAUCACAGAGCAGGAGGACCCUAUCUCUGUUCACUCCCAGACGAAUUCUGCCUACUCAGCAAAGAAUGGGAGGAUCAAAACCGUUUCCGAGUGCGACAGAGGCACGUUCACGAUACCGUGAGGUCCAUACUCCGAAAACACCAUAUACAGUACCGCGAACUAUUUAUUCAGGGCCGAAAGUCUCGUGUCGACCCUGAACCUAAGCCGAUCCCCACAGUGCGUAUUAUCACAGAGACAAUCCCAUCCGGGGCGCGAGGCGCUGCUCGGGAGAUCCAUUAUGCUCUUCUGAACAGCAUUCCCUCUCUCUCUGUCUCCGUCGACAUCAUGGACACCCUGCUCGCGACACCACUUCGAAGUUUUCCUGUCGCUAGAACUGACUCGAUUUUCGGUAAAUGGAACGAUAUUGUCCGUGCGAUCCUGAACGCGCUAGACACCCGUGAAUGGGUUGCUCUCGGGUGUUGGAGAUAUGGCGUGAGCAAUACUAGUAUAGAGAACCCUGUCACUGUGGUCGUGAGUGUCGAAAAGCGAUCCACAUCGGAGUGGAGUACCGAAAUACGCCGAAUUAAAGUGAUCUUGAGGGGUUUCGGCGUGACUGAUGUCGACAUCCUAUUCCGGAAGGAUGAGAUACGUCGACACGUGGAGAAUCCGGAUCUCCCUCAAGCUGCUUGUACCGAGUUCGCGCAGCCUGGGGUAAGCCUCGGAAUUCACUCAAGCACAGCGGGGUCCUCGACCUUAGGGGGCCUCGUCGAACUGCAAUUUCCGGACCAGAAAUGGCGUACGUUUGGGAUUACGUGCUUUCACUCGGUGUAUGCGCCGGAGGAGAAUCGACAAACACUCAAUCAGGUUCAGGGUGCAGGAGAAGCUUUCCGUCGGUGGAAGCAGCAUCCUGUCUUCCCGAGGGAUCCUAUGGCCCAACAUCUACUUAGAGUUGACCAUCCCUCUCUGAGUGAUCUCCGGCGAGCAGUUGCGUCCAAAGCCCGGGGUAUCGCGGCUUUGAAGGACAAUGAGUUUCGGGAAAUUGAGCAACAACUCAGGGCUCGAGAUACAGACCCUGAUGACGUCUUUGUUGACCCAAAAGAUGAAGCCAACCAUAAGGCCACGCUCCGUACCAUCAAUGCUCUGGAACAACAGCACCAGUUCUUCCAAAGCUACAUACAGGACCAGACAUAUUUUCUCGGUUCUGUAUUUGCUGGUAGCGGCUAUUGGCGUACACGGGCACGGCAGGAUCAACGUAAAGACCCAACAAUUGCUGACUGGGCAUUGAUUGAGAUCCCAAAAGAGCGACUCGGAGAGAAUAUACCAUAUCCCUACUCGCAAUCUCAGGAGCCGAGUCUCCAAUUCAGAGAUGGAGGCUACCUCGAGCACGGGAAAUCGUAUUCGAAAGCUGGACGCUCGUCGGGUUUUACCACGGGGGUAUACUCUGAACUUAGGGAAGCGCAUCUCCACCAUGUGUGGAACCCGAAAAGCAAAAAGUACGAUGAGACCAAGUCGAUGGAACAUGUUUUAUACGGGUCUGGGAAUAACAUAAUCGCGGAGCCAGAGGACUCUGGGAGCCUUGUGUAUGAUGCGGAAACUGGGAGAGUGGUGGGGUUGCACAUCGCAGGAGCAAAGGGAACCGACCACGUCUACUUCACCUCAAUUCAUGAUGUUUAUCGAGACAUCAUAGAAGUGACUGGGGCUAUCAAUGUUCGAAUGGCUUAA